AUGGGCGACAAGACUGAAUCCUCCACCAAGCAGCCACAAUCUGCUCCUCUUCACCCGGUCUACACGGUUACCGACAUUCAAAAGAAGGUCUGUGUUCUUGAUGGAUCUAAGGUCACGUAUUCUGCGUGGGUAAAGCUCUUCCAACUUCAUGCACGUGGAUACGAGGUUUUGGAUCACAUCACGAAAGAACCGCCUCCUAAGGAAGACCCCACGUAUGAACAGUGGGCGAAGAUUGAUGCUAUUGUGCUCCAGUGGAUCUACGGUACCUUAUCCGAAGACUAUCUCCUUCGAGUUCUUGAAGCCGAGUCAACUGCUCUGGAAGCCUGGAAUCGUGUCAAGGCUAUUUUUCUCAACAACAAAGGACCACGGUGCGCUGCCCUUCAACAGAAAUUCAUCAAUCUCAAGCUUAGUGCCAUGCCCUCUUUGGAAAUGUAUUACCAGACACUCCGGGAUCUUGCGGCUCAGUUGAACGAUGUGGGAUGUCCCAUUAAUGAACAAGGUUUGGUGUUGCAACUUGUUCGUGGGUUGCUGAUGGAAUACGAUACUAUCGGUUCCAUUAUCAACCAAUCAUUACCUUCGUGGGAAGAAGCAUGCAAUAUGCUCGACUCUGAACUCGAACGACAUGCUGCAUGGUUCAUAAGGAUUAGCGUUGAUUUUCCCUGUUUGAUCUAA